CCCAAAAGUGUCGCUUUAAAGUCUAUAUUAAUCUACUGGGGGACCUCAAACAGUGCUAGGCUGGUAUGCAUAUUCUUAGAGUCUUACGCGCAUUCUUGGACGUGGUCUACCUAGCUGUGCCGCACCGGCGCGUAACUCACAUCCAACUUCAACGACUUCGAGCACCAUCCCAUCCCAUACAUCGAGAUUCGCUGCUACGAAAUUACUCUUACCGUCCUGCAAAGUGACAUGGCUACAACGAAUGAAAUUGUGGGAGCAGUGGCGUCCUUCUAUGAUUUCCUCGCUAACCUGCACAUCCCGCGGAGCGCCUUAAAAUACCCGCCUUAUGGCGGAUGGCCAGACGUCGAUGGUUCUUCUUAUCGUCCUCCAAAAAACGAGGCCGCGCUUGAUGUGAUACGGCAUCUUCCUUAUCUCCACUCAGACCAAAAUGGUGACGACCAUCAAGUGUACGAGAAAACCGCGGUGUGGGACUAUUCAGGGGAUGAGUUUGAAGGCUCCGGCCCGCAUGAUCCUGAUCCGUAUCCUUUGAGGGAGAUCAUCGACGUCUCUGAAUCCGAGGUUGUUUUAGCGCAACCUAGUGGCGGCCAUUAUGGGUAUUACUUUAUCCUUGAGACUGCGACGGGAAUCAUCUCGCUCCGCGAAUUCGACUAUUGCGAAUGGGAGGAAUAUCCCGCGAGCGAAUUCUUCGAAGUCAUCAAGUCGAGGUUUCGGUCGCUCGAAGUGUAUCCAAUCGACGCAAACGAGGUGGAAAUGGCAGAAAGAUGUGAUGACGAUCAAAACGAAAGGCUUGCUGAUAUCUUCCAUUCGUAUGGCUGGCCGUCAGCGGAGUUCAGUCUCGGGAAGGACGAGUGUAUGCGAAAGAUACGAAAAGCGUGGCGUGAAGAGAAUGGGUGGUCUGAUUCUGAAGAUGAUGAUAAUGAAGGCAAUGAGGAUGUUCAACAGCUGACAGAGGGUAUUGAAGAAAUGGAUACAUGA